ACACAGCUAUCUGGCAACUAUUAUGACACGUCAAAUUGUAGUUACCUGCUCUCUUUUCUUCAGCAGCAGCAGCAGAUAACAUUAUUCAUCUGUUUUUAAAGUGUUUCAUUUUUAAGAUUUUUUAAUAAAGUUUUAAUAAAUAAAAGAUAAAAGAAACAUCUUAUCAAUAUGGUGACUGAAAAUGAAUCGGCUACGCAAAACCCUGCAGGUGAAGGGGAAACUACUUCUAAAAAGGCAGCAAAGAAACAGGCUAAAGAAGCAUUAAAGGCUGCAAAGAAAGCGGAACAUAGAGCUGCAGCUGGCAAAGUCGACAAUACUGCAGAAGCUGGCGAUUCAUCGGAAGACUGCUCUGCUGGACGUUAUGGCAUGUCUGGUAUUAUUAACUCCCAGAAUAAGCAUGAAGAAAGAAAAUUCGUGGCAGUACAUGAAUUGAAUCAACAUGUAGGUAAAGAUGCGGUAUGGGUACGUGGCCGUAUUCAUAACACCAGAGCCAAGGGUAAACAAUGCUUUUUGGUUUUACGCCAACAAAGCAGUACUGUUCAAUGUAUUCUUGCUGUAGGAGAAAACAUAUCCAAGCAAUUUGUUAAAUUCGCUGGAAAUUUGAACAAAGAAAGCAUUAUCGAUGUUGAAGCUAAAGCUGUAAGCGUACCCACAAAAAUUGAAUCGUGUACUGAACAAAACUUGGAAUUGUCACUUCUGCAGUUGUUUGUGGUUUCACAAGCUAAACCCCAAUUGCCUCUGCAAAUUGAGGAUGCUUCACGCCCAGAUAAUGCCGACGACGCCGAUGGACUUAAUAUUCGUGUAAACCAAGACACACGUUUAGAUAAUCGUGUUUUAGAUUUGAGAACUCCAGCAAAUCAGGCAAUUUUCCGUUUGGAAGCCGGUGUUUGCCGUCUGUUCCGUGAUAUUUUAACUGAGAAAGGUUUUACCGAAAUUCACACUCCAAAAAUUAUAUCCGCUGCAAGUGAGGGUGGUGCUAAUGUCUUCACAGUUAGCUAUUUCAAAGACUCUGCUUAUUUGGCCCAAUCACCCCAAUUGUAUAAACAAAUGGCUAUUGCUGCCGAUUUCGACAAGGUAUUCACAGUAGGAGCUGUUUUCCGUGCUGAAGACUCUAAUACUCACAGACAUUUGACAGAAUUUGUUGGCCUUGAUUUGGAAAUGUCAUUCAAAUAUCACUACCAUGAAGUACUUCAUACUAUUGGCAAUACCUUUACUGGUAUUUUCAAAGGCUUGCGAGAUCGUUACAGUCGUGAAAUUGAAGCCGUGGGCCAACAAUACAAAGUAGAACCUUUCAAGUUCUUGGAACCACCACUCAUUUUACAAUUUUCGGAAGGUGUGGCUAUGCUAAGAGAAGCUGGUGUUGAAACUGGUGAUGAAGAGGAUCUCUCAACACCCAAUGAGAAAUUGUUGGGUCGUCUAGUAAAAGCUAAAUAUGAUACCGAUUUUUAUAUUUUGGACAAAUUCCCCUUGGCUAUACGUCCAUUCUACACUAUGCCAGAUCCCAACAAUCCCAUCUAUUCUAAUUCCUACGAUAUGUUUAUGAGAGGCGAGGAAAUUCUAUCUGGUGCCCAACGUAUACAUGACCCUGACUUUUUAACCGAGAGGGCGAAACAUCAUGGAAUUGAUAUCAGUAAAAUUGCUGCCUAUAUUGAAUCGUUCCGUUUUGGUUGUCCUCCUCAUGCUGGCGGUGGUAUUGGUAUGGAACGUGUUGUCAUGUUGUACUUGGGUCUUGACAACAUUCGCAAAACAUCCAUGUUCCCACGUGAUCCUAAGAGACUAACGCCUUAAAAAGUGGAUUUUCAUCUUACAAGCUUUAAGCUACACCAUUUUCGUAGAAAUUCCCGUUUUUUUCUUUUAUGUUUAUGACAUUUAGUUUUUUUGUUUUAAUAAUAUCAAGAAUUAAUUUUGCUGUGUUUUGGUACUUGUCUCAUUUUAAGAUUUCUGAUCAUAUAAAAACAAGGAUCAAAAAGUCUUUGACUGAAUAUGUUACCUAGACAAGUAUAAACAGCAUUUAUUAUUUUUAAAUUA